AGAACAAUCGACAGCCCUAAAGCAGACGAAGUUUCGUUUGUUGUCUUCCGGAAAAUGCUAUAGAUCCACAUCGAGAAGCACAGAAAGGAUGGCCAACGCUGUGGUGGUGUUGGACAACGGGGCACACACGGCCAAAGUGGGUCUAGCCAAUCAGGACGAGCCGCAGGUGGUGCCCAACUGCAUCAUGAAAGCGAAGAGCGAGCGGCGGCGCGCUUUUGUGGGCAAUCAGAUAGAAGAAUGCCGUGACACUUCGGCGCUUUAUUACAUCCUGGCGUUUCAGCGCGGCUACCUGCUCAACUGGGACACACAAAAGACUGUGUGGGAUUACAUCUUUAGCAAGGACGGUAUCGGUUGUACGCUGGAAAACCGCAAUAUUGUCAUCACCGAGCCGCAGAUGAACUUCCAGAGCGUCCAGGAAGCGAUGCUGGAGAUGCUGUUCGAGGAGUACCGGGUGGCCGGUGUGUACAAGACAACUGCUGCCGAUUUGGCUGCCUUUAACUAUGUCGCUGACAGCGAGGAGCGCACCACAAUGCAGUCGCUCAACUGCAUUAUCAUCGAUGUAGGCUAUAGCUUCACCCACAUCGUUCCCUUUGUGCUGGGACGGCGCGUUCUCGAGGGCAUACGACGCAUCGACAUGGGCGGCAAGGCGCUGACCAACCACCUGAAGGAGCUGAUCUCCUAUCGCCACCUAAACGUCAUGGACGAGAGUCAUGUGGUUAACCAGAUCAAGGAGGAUGUCUGCUUUGUGGCAGAGGAUUUCAAGCAGACGAUGCAGGUGCAUUAUUCGGAGGAGAAGCGUCGCGAAAUCACCGUGGAUUAUGUCCUUCCGGACUUCACCACCGUCAAACGGGGCUAUGUCCGUAUUCCCGGCAAGCCGCGCGAGGAUGAGGAGCAGCAGCAAAUGGUGCCGCUCUGCAACGAACGCUUCACCGUGCCCGAACUGCUAUUCAAUCCCUCUGAUAUUGGUGUGCAGCAGGUGGGCAUUCCAGAGGCGGUGGCCGAUUGCCUGAAAGCUUGCCCCUGGGAGGCACACCGCGAACUCCUGCUCAACAUCCUUAUUGUGGGCGGCAGUGCCCAGUUUCCUGGAUUUCUGCCGCGCCUCAAGCACGAUUUGCGCGCUCUAGUGCCCGACGAUCUGGAGGUGUCGCUCAUCUGCCCCGAGGAUCCGGUGCGGUACGCCUGGUACGGCGGCAAGGAGGUGGCAACCAGCCCCAACUUUGACGAGUUUGUCUAUACGCACGACGAGUACGAUGAGUACGGUUUCCAGGGCAUUAAUCAGCGGUAAAAGGCACGUAGUAAAAGACUUUUUUAGUACACAAUAAACUUGAUUCGAAAGCGGUUUUUCUAGAA